AGGAGGGUGUACGCACAGUUUGAUUUGGACACAGCGACUGGCUGAGCUAUGAAGACUCUCUGUGGUUAAUACCGGAUAAUGCACACUGUCUUCAAAGAAAGGAGCUGAAAAAGUGCCUGCACAAUGUCAGUGGCAGUGGAAACCACAGUGUCCACGGAGUCUCUCCCUCUUCCGACUCACUUCUCCCUUGCGGAGCAGUCCUUCUCCCUCAAAAAGCGGCAUACCCCUUUUACCUUGUCGUCUGUGUCCAGCUCAUCCUACUCUUCCCCUGCCUGGCUCUCACAUUCUCUGCCUCCGCUGCCUCCAUCCAAGGGAUGUCCCCCUUUGAGCAGGAUGUUCCCCCAGCUUUCAUCCCCCUGGACCCCUCUGUCUUGUUCCCUUAGUAAGUCUCCCCCUCCAAGUUCUGUAUACGAUCCCAGCAAACAGCAGUCCUACUUCAGUCAGUGCUUCACUAAUUUGGGCCUACUGGGAAGAGGAUCCUUUGGAGAGGUCUACAAGGUGCAAAGCAACGAGGAUGGACGGCAGUAUGCAGUGAAGCGUUCUUCACACCGCUUCAGGGGUAACAGUGAGAGGAACUGGAGUGUAAGGGAAGCUAGGAACCAUGAGCGCCUGUCUCCUCACCCUCACAUCCUGAAAUUUGUGGCAGCCUGGGAGGAGUGUGGCCGCCUGUACAUCCAGACAGAGCUGUGUAGCACCAGCUUGCUGCUCCAUGCUGAGAACCAGCCUCCUGGCCCAGAUGAGUCUGGAGCAUGGGCCUACCUGUGCGACCUCCUCUCAGCACUGCAGCACUUGCACUCUCAUGGUUUUGUUCAUCUGGACCUCAAGCCCGCCAAUGUCCUCAUCACUGACUCUGGCCGGCUCAAGCUGGGGGACUUUGGGCUGCUACUGGAGUUCAAAGAGAAGGAUACUGGGCCUGUAGACAGGAAAGUCAAAGAGGAUGCUCAGGAGGGAGAUCCCAGGUACAUGGCCCCUGAGCUUCUCCGUGGGGAGUAUGGACCUGCCGCAGAUGUUUUCAGUCUGGGCGUUUCUAUUCUGGAGCUUGCCUGUAAUAUUGAAGUUCCAAAUGGUGGUGAAGGCUGGCAACAGCUUAGACAAGGCUGCCUCCCCUCAGAGUUUACCAGUGGCCUGUCAACUGAGCUGCAGACAGUACUGCAGAUGAUGCUGGCCCCAGAACCCUCUGAUAGACCAACGGUCUCUGAGCUUCUUGCCCUGCCCUCUGUUAGGAAACACAGAUGGAAGAGGCGCAUCUAUCUUAUGGUCGCCGAGACUAUGCUGACGCUGGCCUCCCUCUGCCAGUUGGUGGUGUGCCUCGGGUGUCGACUCCUGUCCUCCCUGCACUUGUCCUUUCUUCCUCGUUGGACCAAGCCAGUGCCCUGCACUCCUCCUAAGGACAGCUGGGACAGGGAUUUAACCCUGGCCCUCAGUUACAUGCAUUCUGAGUCGGGGAGCCCAGAGGGUGAUGCAGUGUUUAUAUUCGAUCCCUUAAACCCAGAUCUUUCCCCCACCUUCUCACACAGGGUCAAAUCCAGACUGUCUGUGGAGAGCACAUCCACCCCUCUCCCAGGUUCACCAACACACAAUCGUCGAAGUCCAGCUCACACACCUACACCUUCAAAUCUGGGUGACUGGUCCCCCUGUAACUUGGCUCAUAUCCCCUCCAGCAACCACUCAAAUGGUUCCUGCCGCACACUGACCCCCAGUGCAAGCCCCAUACAUGCCGAGCUUCAUACAGAUAGCAUUGAUGAAAAAUCCACGCUGAGCCGACUUUCUACAUCCACCAAGUCCUCACAGCGGCGUGGUCGCAACUGGGUCCGAGCAGAGGAGGCUCUACCCCGACCCAACUUUGAACCAAAGAACCUGCUCAGUCUAUUUGAGGAAACAGCUCCCGAGGGACAGCCAUGAGUGCAACACUGCCAGUUUACCUUCAGGGACACGAAUUUUCACCUCAGAGUGUCUGAUGGAAAACGACCUAAUGUAUGAAUGUACCAAGUUCACUGCUUAUCUUGUAUGAACUGUUUUUUUUUGUGCUGCCAUCUUGAACAGUAACUACAACAGCUUUUUUUUAACAUGUAUUUGGAAAAAAAAAUGAAUUGGGGUUAAGGGUUGAAUAUGUAAUCAGACCAUAAAGCACUUUUUAUGUUUUUGUCAAUGCAAUCACUUGCUGAAAUGACAAGUUGUGGUUUAUUGUUAAAUAAGUUAUCGUCAGCUCCGUGUUCUCUGAGUCAUGUACCUCAAGAGUUACAAAAGAAAAUAAAACAAGGAGGGAAGCAGA